AUGGCAGACUCAUCAGAACUCAAGAUCCAUGUCUCAGCUUCCGAAGCCAAGCGUCUGGUAGAAGACAUCCUCAAAGGCAACGGCGUGCCGUCAGAAAAUGCUGCCACAGUGGCCCGUUGCCUCAUCGCUGCCGACCUCCGUGGAGUGGACACUCACGGCAUGAACCGCAUUCCCUCCUACAUGGAGCGCAUCCGUCAGGGCGUUCUCAACGCCGCUGCCCAGCCUGAGCUGCGCCAAGUUACCCCCGUGGUGGCCCACAUCGACGGCCAUAACGGAUUCGGCUUUGUCGCCGCUAGCAUGGGUAUGGCCGCCGCCAUUGAGUCCGCCAAGACUUACGGCAUCGGCAUGGCAAGCAUCGCGCACUCGAACCACUUCGGCAUGAGUGCCUGGGUCGUCCAGCAAGCUAUUGAUGCGGAUAUGAUGAGUCUCGUAUUCACCAACUCAAGCCCUGCCUUGCCAGUCUGGGGCGGUAAGAGCAAGCUCAUGGGUGUCUCACCAAUUGCGUGUGGUGCCCCUGGAAAGGAUAAGCCUUUCAUUCUCGACAUGGCUCCCUCAGUGGCGGCCAGAGGCAAGAUCUACAAGGCCAAGAGACGAGGAGAGAAGAUCCCCUUGGACUGGGCACUGGAUGCCGAAGGCCGGCCGACAGAUGACCCUGCGGCGGCGUUGGGGGGUGUUAUGCUUCCCAUGGGUGGCCCCAAAGGUUCGGCCUUGUCCAUCAUGAUGGAUGUGUUUUCGGGUGUUCUCUCGGGCUCUGCCUUUGCCGGUCAUGUGACGAAUCCAUAUGACCCCUCAAAACCCGCGGAUGUUGGCCAUUUCCUCGUUGCCAUCAAGCCAGAUCUAUUCAUGAGCCUAGACGACUUUCGCGAGAGGAUGGAUUACUUGUACCAGCGAGUUGUUGGCUCGGACAAGGCAGCGGGGGUUGACCGUAUCUACUUCCCGGGUGAGAUUGAGCAACUGAACCAACAGGAGAGAGAGAAGACCGGUAUUCCCCUUGUACAGGCUGAGAUUGACGCCUUGAAUGAAGAAGCCAAACGGGUUGGUGCGCAACCGUUGUCCUCGAUAACAGCAUAG